AUGGCCUGGCUUUCUCCAUCCCUUAUAUGCAUCCCCCCAUUGCCUUCCAUUUGCCUUUGCUUUCCUCUCCUUUCCUUCCUUCUUUACCUCCUCCCUCGAUCAUCAUCCUCUCCUUCCCCUCUGUCAAUUGCAGUACUUUCAUCAAAUUGUAAGUUUUGGGUGUAUAGCAGCGAACAAAGCGCUUCUGUGUUAGGCACUUGCAAGGAGCGGAACCUCGCGCAUUGUGCUAUAAAAAGGUUGCGAACAUCAAGCCAAAGUCAGGGUACAACAACGCUGGCGACAAAGAUGCAGAAAUGCUGA